GCCUGCGCACUUGACUGAUGGUUUACGCUACGUACCUAAAAUCAUUUUGUGGAAAAUUUGAAGUUUGUUGUUUUAGUGACAACUUAUUCAUAAUUAUUUAUGAAAGCUUUGUGCUAAUUACCAUUCCAGGCGCGAGGCAGAAUUAUUCUGUGGCAUUCGGCCUGGAUGCGUAUAGUCACUAAGAGUUCGAGCGGUUGUACGGUAGCCAUCUUGGAUUCGAACAAAGCUUCAGAUGUGUAGUUUGUCUGUUUAUCAAUAAUUUUUGUGCAUUUUAUUGUAAAUAGUUUGUAUGUUUAGGAUAUGUACGGAACGUUCGUCCAUAUGUGUAAAUAGCUAUGGCUGCGUCAAGGAAAUUACAAGGUGAAAUAGACAGGUGUUUAAAAAAGGUCACAGAAGGGGUUGAGACAUUUGAAGACAUCUGGAAGAAAGUGCACAAUGCGACAAAUAGCAAUCAGAAGGAAAAAUAUGAGGCCGAUCUCAAGAAGGAGAUUAAAAAACUCCAGAGGCUACGGGAUCAGAUCAAGUCAUGGAUCGCCUCCGGGGAGAUUAAGGAUAAGAGUACACUUUUAGACAAUAGGAAACUAAUAGAAACGAUCGAACUGAGCGGAGUUGGUCUGCCAUCCUCCGCCACCACGGACAGCAACAACAGCAAUGACUCGCCCGGCUCACCCACCAGUAUACUAUCAGGUACCAGCCCCAUAACAUCACCAGCGUUAGACACACUAAACCAUUCAACGGAUUCUAUAGACGUGGAUAAGAAGAAGAAAGCGGAGGAACUUGUUGCCAAACCGGUCAAACCGCUGCCGCUCCGCGCGGUGAACAGCUGCGCGGUCAGUAAUAGCGCGACUAAUCUUACUUCCUUGCUCAAUAACUCCGCCGCAUCCACGAAUAGUAUAAACACGACAGGGGCGUCGGGCACAUCCACGCCCAUCAAGUUGCCGCUGGCGCCCAGUCCGCCGCAUCUCACGCAUCUGCAUCAGCGGAACAAUACAGAGAUAGUGGAGAAUGGUCCAGUAUCAAUCGCACCACUACACAACGCUGUCAUCCAUCAAACACCACUCGCUCAACCUCUGCCUACGUCAAAAAGCGCGUCUGCGACGCCUUCGAGCGCGAGUUCGUCGAGCGGCGCGGGCGCGGGGGCGGCCACGCCGGCGCCCCGCGAGCCCUCGCCCCCGCCCGCGCCCACGCCCGCCCCCGCGCCCCCUGCGCCUGCGCCUACAGCGCCCGCGCCCGCGCCCACGCUCAACGGGCCCGUCCUACUCACCAAUGCGCACGCACUCGCGCACCCGCACCAUCAUAUCGCAGACAAUGGUAUCCCGAGUCCGCCGCCGAGCGCGCCCGCGCCCGCCGGCACCGCCUCGCUCAAGAGCAUGGCGCAGGAAGCUGUGCAGCGAGCGGGACUCGACGCCCACCAUACACAGAGCACAAGAAGAGGAACGGCAUUAUCUCAAGCACACAUCCCCCCUUUAUUAGGUGUUGCGCCUUUGGGACCUUUGCCUUUAACAUCUGAUAAUCAGGUACAGUAUCGCAUGAUGGAGUCAUCAUUCUUCCACAUGCCGCAUCCGUCCGACUCGGAGCGCAUGCGCAACUAUCUGCCGCGCAACAUUUGCCAGACGCCCGUAUACUAUAACCAGGUGCUGUUACCGCACUCGGAUUCGGUCGAGUUCUUCCAGCGGCUGUCGACGGAGACGUUAUUCUUCGUGUUCUACUACAUGGAGGGAACGAAGGCGCAGUACCUCGCCGCUAAGGCGCUCAAGAAGCAGAGCUGGCGCUUCCACACCAAGUACAUGAUGUGGUUCCAGAGGCAUGAGGAGCCCAAGGUCAUCAAUGAGGAGUAUGAACAGGGCACGUACAUAUACUUCGACUACGAGAAGUGGGGCCAGAGGAAAAAGGAGGGCUUCACGUUCGAGUACAAGUACUUAGAAGACCGCGACUUGAACUGAGGGCGGGCGGCGAGCAGGCGGCGUGCUGGCAGUGCGCCCCGCUCCGCCCCGCCCCGCCCCGCGACAACCGCCACCGCGACCGCUACCCCGACCUAUGGAAAACUAAAUUCUCUUUCAUUCCGUUAAGAGUAUUAUAUUUAUGAAUCGGCCCCUCGGUCUCUGUGAUGACCCGCCGGCCGUAUUAUUAUUUAAAACUCGACUUUAUAAAAGUGAAUACAAGAUUGCAAGAAAACGUCUCAACAAAAUAAUGUUCAUAUCGAAGUAGAAUAGUGCGUGGAGGUGAGGUGAGGUGAGGUGAGGUGUGGUGUGCCGGGGGAGAGGACAGCAGGGGAGUGUGAGGGCAGUGCAGCGCGGAGGCCCGGGUAUGGCAUGUCAUGUGAUGAAAUAACUUUAGUCCGCCCCGUGGGCUAGUAUUUAAAAAGAAAUGUGAUAUCGAUAUAGGAACGCCCGGAGCGUAUACGGAUGCACGACAUCUUUAUGUAUCUUUGUUCCUCUGUAAUAAAAUUAUUGUUUUUUUUUUUAAAUAUAAUCAUCACUAAUUAUUUUGAAUCUGUAUAAAAUUUUGUAUGUCAUUUUUAUUUGUACAAUUAAUUGAUGUUUUGGAAAGUAAAUGUUGGUAUAUUUAUUAAACCGAGGUGUACAUUAAUGUCAAAUGUUUGUACUAGUCAUGACAUCUGAUGAAACUAUUGUUAUUCGAUAUUGCUCUGGGUGAUUUGUUUUUAACUUGUUUUGUAGUGACUGCGACUAGUUUGAGUAGUACUAAGAGCUGACUUAUACAUACCACAAGUAUAUAAAAUUAAAAAAAAAAUAUCCUAUUUAAUCUGUCAUAUUGGUUUGUGUCAUUGCAUUGUAAAAGCUAUGUAAUUUAUGAGUAAUAUGUAUAAAAUUUAGAUUAAGGCAAGAUUGUAAUAUCGAUCUCAUAACUCUGUAGUAUAUUAUUUAUCCCAAAGACCUUUAAUAUUUGGUAUGUGUAAGUUACGCUGAAAUACAUAAGAAAUGUACGAAAUAUACAAACUAUAAGGAACUCUCUCACUUUGAAAGUUUUUUUUUAAGCGUUAAUUUAUUAAUUGCAUUUAAAAUUGAACAAAAAUACAAUGGGAACAUGCUUGUGAAUCACUGCCAAGUUUUACUAUAUCAAGGUAGAGGAUUUGCUAAUGUCACAUUUAACCGUUUGAUUGGAAAAUGUCGAACUAAAUGAUAACUCCACUUCUGUAUAUUAGUGGAUAAGCGCCCCAAAGUUUAGCUCUCUUUUUUUAUAAAUCAAAAUAAAAAUUGAAUAAAAAAAAUGGAAAUUUUGUAAUGUUAAAUAUUAGAUUCAAUGCUAAAUCUUGCGAUGUCUUGGUCACAAAUGUAUGACAGAAUAAUCAUGUAAUUUAUUUUCCUAAGAGAUGUGAUCAUUUAGGAGAUAAAAAUUAAAAAUAAAAUUCUCAUUGUAUUAGUGGAUGAGUUAAUUAAGUAAAGAGAUGAAGUAUGCAAGGUCUAUGAAAGAUAUGUCCACUAGAUAGGUGACAUUAAAGUGAGCAAUAUUAAAAUAAUAAGAGUAAUUUUGUAUGUAUGUGUAAAUGUAUGGAGUCAGAAGUGUACCAAGACUUACAAAAUUUUAUUAUAUCUGCCCACCCCUUAAGGAAACAUAUUGUCUCCUAUUAGAUAACAUUGGUGCUGUAUGUAAUUUGUAUUUUAAUGCUAUUGUUUUUAGGUUGAAAAUCAAAUGGUUAAAUGCGGUAUAAAAGUGGGGGAGUUCAUUGUAAUUUAUGGUGACUAAAGUAAUAUUACUGCCAGUCGAGGCCUCCUCGUUAAGUCGGCGUGACAUGUUUUCCAUUAUGUGUGAUUUCGUAAGUUUUUCAUAGGCGCUAAACAAACAAAUGUACAGACAAACAGUGUAAUUUAUAUAUAUGUAUCAACGGAAUAUACAAAGUGGUGAAAUUUUAAUGAUUUUAGUUGUAUACAAGAAUUAGCGUCAUAUAUAUAAAAAUUAAUCUAGUGGGUUAGGAUUCAAUAUACUUUUUUCUAUUUAUUGCAAUUUAAAAUGCCUUUUUAGAUGUUCUUGGGGGAAAUAGCAACUGGCUUGCGUUUUACACUAGUUAGUAUUUUUUUUAAUUAUUGACCACUUUGGAUAUGACAUAAGCAUUAGUAGGUACAUAUAUAUAAAUGUUAUCUUUGUUGACUGUAUGUCUGAACAGUUUUUGUACACUGUUUGGAGUUGAAUGCAGUUUUAUUGUACGCGUCCAGUUGUUAGUCGUUACUGUAUACUUGGCAGCAUAUAAAUUAUCAUAAUACGUUUAAAAUCAAAUUAAUUGUUUAUUAUUUUAAAUCAAGAUAUAUUGUGAUGGGACUGUAACUGUGUUAGGAUACUUAGUGAGGGAUUCAUUUUAUAUGAACAAGAAAUUCAUGUUAAAAUUAACCAAAACAUCUUUUUGUGUGGUUAUUGAAUGUUUGAGUUUUUGUAAAUUAUGUAUUCGACUGGCAUUUACUGGAUGUGUACAAUGUAGGGAUGUGCGUAAAUUCGAUUAAUUAGAAUGCGAGUCGUUCUAAAUAAUCGAUUCCGGUUCGAUUGUUCAAGUAAUAUCGGUAUGUGCCUAGCAAUAUAUAUGAUGUAGCAGUGUGGGCAGCGGGGCAGGGGAGGGGACAUGCAGACAGGGCGGGGACAGGAGCGGGGGCGGGGACGGGCAGCGGAGCCUAGUUCAGCGGUACAAUGUAGAGCGCGAUCUCGAUUAUUUCCGUGCGUGGUUAUGAUAGUUUUCAUUUUUGUAAAAAGUC